CUAAUGUCGUCGACGUCCGGCUAUGUCACGGAGGGCUUCACAAACCCUCCAAAUUAUUCUUUCCCCUACCACCGCAUGCGGACAACCCUCAACGAUGACUCCAAGACUCCAGUCGUCCUGGUCGCCUGUGGUUCCUUCAGCCCGGUCACCUAUCUUCACCUACGAAUGUUCGAAAUGGCCAGGGAUUAUAUCCGACACAACACAGAAUUUGAAAUCGUUGGGGCAUACCUUAGCCCUGUCAGCGACAUGUACAAGAAACCUGGUCUCCUGAACGCUCGCCAUCGAGUCAAUAUGUGUAACCUUGCUGCAGAAGAUUCCGGGGGAUGGCUGAUGGUCGAUUCUUGGGAAGCAUUCCAGUCGUACCAACGAACGGCCAUUGUACUCGACCACUUUGACUACGAAAUCAACACUGUACGGGGUGGGGUAAAGACCCAGAGUGGCGAACAACGGAAUGUCCGUGUGAUGCUACUGGCUGGCUCGGAUCUCAUCAGUACGAUGAGCGAGCCAGGCGUUUGGAGUUACUCCGAUCUUGAACACAUCCUGGGACGAUAUGGUGUCUUCAUCGUCGAACGAGCAGGGUCCGGCAUGGACCAAGCCACAGACAACCUUGCCAAGUGGAGGCACAACAUCUAUAUGAUAUCCCAACUGAUCCAAAACGACGUCUCCAGUACCAAGGUCCGUUUGUUCCUCCGACGAGGACUCUCAGUACGAUAUCUGCUGCCGAAUUCGGUGGUCGACUACAUCGAAGCCCACGGUUUGUAUCAGGAUGAGAGCAUCAACGCCGCCAACUCCGCUGAGAAGGGUAAAGAACGAGAGGCCUCUUCUGCUAAAAAGGAUUCUGCAUCGACUACGAUACCUUCAGCACCCCCUCAAGCAGCCUCGACGCAGCCAACUAAAACUCAAAGCUGCCGCCAGUGUUAAUGGGGUAGACACUUGUAUAUCAACUUCGGAACUUCACGUCUUUAUUCCGUGUCGCACAGCAUCGCUUUCAGCACUCAAGUUUCCGUGCUUUUAGAGAAUGUAUCGAUACGCGGCAAUUUUUUUUUCGUCCCAGGACUCUCGGCUGAUCCGGACACACUGCAUCGACGAUCUUCAUGAGCACCUUGCAGACCGUAUCUUGUAGGGCAUGUACUUUUAGAAUUUCUUUUGGCAAGUAAUGUAUAUCUUA